CGAGAAUGAGUGGGAAGGACUCAAUUCACUUUAAUAUAUUUUUUCUUCCGAUAGCUGUGAAGGCAGAUGGAAGUGUCUGUUGAUUGAUGGUUGCUGAGUUAAUGUCACGGUUUUUGCGACCAUCACUGCAACUGGCAGUUUUUGGGGUCGCACUGAACGAAGUUCUUAUAUUUGCCAGCCAGGACAUAUUUCUUCAAUGUUGUCCUGUAUAUCUCGUGUCCAGGCUAAGAAAAGCUUUUGGGAAGAAUAUCCAUGGGGCUGUUUCCAGGGAGGCUAGAGUUAUACCGCGUUGGCAGUGGUAAACUCCGUUUUGGCAUGCCAGUAUAUCGUGGAUAUCUCUAUGCGAAGAGAUACGAGGACAGCUUCUAAUAUAAUUAGCGCCUACACCAGCUGAACGGAUUCAAUAUCAACGCCAACGAACCAUCUCCGGAAGCUAGCUCACCUUGAGCACAGUGGCUAGGAAGGGGAGGAGCAGUGCUUAACCAGUGUUAUCGUUUAUAGACUUACUGACUUUUCAGUUGUGUAAUAUCAG